AUGAUAAAAAAUUUAAAUAAAAAAAAAUCAAUUAUAUUUACAUUGGUAAUUGUUAUUUUUUAUUUAAUUAUUUUUUUCAAAUUUUGUAAUAGAAGUUUUCCUAAAGAAAUAUAUGAUGAUUUUAAAUCAAAACCUAUUGGUUUAAAUGAAAAUGAAAGAAAUAUUAAACAAGUUAUAAUGUCAAGAGAAUGUAAAUAUGUAGAUUUAGUUUAUACUUGGGUUAAUGGCUCAGAUCCAAUACAUGAAGAAUCAAAAAUACAAAGAAUAGGUAAUUUUAGUUAUUCACCACCCACAACCAAUUUUAGAGAUAUUGGUACAUUAAAAUAUUCAUUAAGAAGUGUUAGACAAUAUGCACCAUGGAUUAAAAAUAUUUUUAUAAUUACUGCAAAUCAAAUACCGACAUGGUUUAAUAUAGAAAAUCCUGAAAAUGUUAGAUUUAUAUCACAUGAUGAUUAUUUUCAUAAAAAAUCAGAUUUACCAUCAUUUAAUUCAAAUUCAAUUGAAUCAAAUUUUUGGAAUUUACCAAUUGAAGUUUCAAAUUGUUUUUUAUAUUUAAAUGAUGAUAUAAUUUUAAGUAGACCAGUUGAACAAAGUGAUUAUUUUGAUGAAAAUUUUAAUCAAGUUGUUUUUUUUAAUAAAGACGUGCUGGGUGGAAAAUCGGGAAAUUCAAAAUCAUUUGAUGAAUAUACAAUGGGAGUUUUAUUAACAAAUAGAGCAUUGGCAAUAAUAUGGGGAGAUGGACAAGAGUAUAAAAGAAAUUUCCCAGCUCAUGGAAUUCAAGUUUUCAAUAGAAAGAUAUGGUAUAAAAUGCAAGAAGAUUUCGGCACAGGUUUAGAAAUCACCUCUUCACAUUUCUUUAGAAAUAAAACUGAUUUCCAAAUGGCACAUUUAUAUAACCAAUUUGCAAUUAAAUUUUCAAAAUGUACAAUUAAAACCACAUCCGAUGUAUUAUAUCUUCAAUUAAAUAAUGAUAAUUUUCAACAAAUAUUUCAAAAAGUUGAUCAAUUAAGACUUACUAUAAACUCAAUAUGUUUAAAUGAUGGAAUAGAAUUAAUGACUGAUGAAAUUCAAUAUUUAUUCGAUAUCACUUUUAAUGAAAUUUUUCCAAUACCUUCAUCAUUUGAAAAAUAA